GAAAAUUAUGUCACAGUGUUAUAGAAAAAACAGAUUUAUUAUUCACAAUGAAUAAGGUUACAACCAACAUUGUUCUGAAGGCGUUUGACCAAAUAAAUAUUUUAAAAUAAUUGAGUCAUUGUUUAGUCUAAAUUAAUAUUAGAGUCAAGUGGAAUCCAUUGUUUAGCCAACAGCCAACAGGUGGCGCCAUGUACGAGAACUCGUGUUCGUAUCAAACGGCGCUUGACCUGAAGCGUGUCUCGCCUCCAACAUUGACACAAGUGAAGACCGAGGAUUGUCUUACACUAGGUCAGUGUUCACCAGAUUGGACAUCAUAUCGUUUCCAUCAAUCGACAUUUGAACAACUGAAACAGAGCGUCGAGAAGGCCAAAGCAGCUCUCCAGGAUCGUAGUAGUUUUUUUGGAGCCACAAGUGCUUUCAGUGACAUUUAUUCCAGCCAACGUUUGACCGAUAGUCUGGAUACUUUGCCCGUUCAAAGUGGAAAUGGAGCUGGCAAUUGUCUGGGAUUGCCUCACAAUGCUGGAGCGGGUGUGGGCGUUGGUGUUGGCGUCGGUGUCGGUGUCGGAGUUGGCAUGGGUGUGUUAAACUAUAAUGCUGUCAGCAGCAGCAGCACUGGUAGUGCGGGAGUUUUGGGCUCGAGUUCUGUACAGCGACAUCGUUUGGAUACAUUACAGCCACCCGCAGGCUGCUCACCCGCCGGCGGCACACAACAUGGUGUCAUAACUUCCAGCGCUGCUGGACAUUCAGUUACUGCCGCAUCUCCAUUGGAUGCGGUUAGUGCGGCGCCAUCUUUAACCGCAUCUAGUUCAACGUCACAUGUUGAUCAUAAAGUUAGAGACAAAUCCUCACUGGAUUGUUCGACAACAUCCUCACAUGCGGCUCUUCCCUCAUCUUCGUCAUCAAGCGAGCAGGGAGGCGGUGGCGUUGCCGGCAGGCAUGGUGGCAGCAAAAGUAGCAGUACUAGUAGUUCUAACACUGGAAUUUCAGGCGCAGGAGGUACGGGAGCAGGCGCGGGCGGAGGAGGAGGAGGCUCUGGCAGCAAUGCACUAUAUUCCUCGUACAAGUCGUCGUGGGGUUCCCAUAGUUCAACACAAUCUCAAGGCUACAGUUCGAAUGCCUUGAGUAUUAAACAUGAUCCGCACUCACAACUACGGCAACCUGAUCCAUAUCAAAUGUUCGGUCCCACCAGCAGCAGACUGGCCAGCUCAGGUUCUGGACAGAUACAAUUAUGGCAAUUUCUGCUCGAACUGCUGUCGGAUUCAAAUAAUGCCACCUGCAUCACCUGGGAGGGUACAAACGGUGAAUUCAAGCUAACCGAUCCCGAUGAGGUGGCCCGUCGUUGGGGCGAACGUAAAUCCAAGCCAAAUAUGAACUAUGACAAAUUGAGUCGAGCCUUGAGAUAUUACUACGACAAGAAUAUCAUGACCAAGGUGCAUGGCAAACGUUAUGCCUAUAAAUUUGAUUUUCAAGGUCUUGCAGCGGCCACACAACCGGCGGCCAGUGAUCCCACCUAUAAGUAUCAGAGCGAUCUAUUUAUGACACCAUAUCAUCAUAGCGCCAAAUUGAGCUCCUUUAUGAGUCCACAUCAUGGCAUGACAUCGUCAUCGGCCUCCAUCUUUCCAUCGGCCGCAUCGUGGAGCAAUUGGGGUAAUCCGGCAACAAAUUUGUAUCAGCCGCAUUCGAUGGGUCAUGUGACGCCCUCGCAUGUGGCGCCGCAUCUGAGCAGUUAUCCACACUACGCAUGACCA